AUGGAUAUACGAUUCCCGUACUCGCCGGCGGAGGUCGCUAAAGUCCGGGUGGUCCAGUUCGGCAUCCUCAGUCCCGAUGAAAUCCGGCAAAUGUCAGUGAUACACAUAGAGCAUAGUGAGACCACGGAAAGGGGAAAGCCGAAACCAGGCGGUCUUAGUGAUCCGAGACUAGGGACGAUCGAUCGGAAGAUAAAGUGUGAGACAUGUACCGCUAAUAUGGCAGAAUGCCCUGGGCAUUUUGGCCAUCUUGAACUGGCAAAGCCUAUGUUCCAUAUUGGUUUCAUCAAGACUGUGCUCAGUAUUAUGCGUUGCGUUUGCUUCAACUGCUCCAAAAUAUUAGCUGAUGAGGAUGAUCCUAAGUUUAAACAGGCUAUGAGAAUUAGGAAUCCUAAGAAUAGACUCAAGAAGAUCUUGGAUGCCUGCAAAAACAAAAGUAAGUGCGAAGGAGGGGAUGAAAUUGAUGCUCAAGGUCAAGAUUCUGAUGAACCAGUGAAGAAGUCAAGGGGUGGUUGCGGUGCUCAGCAACCAAAAAUUUCUAUUGAUGGUAUGAAAAUGGUGGCUGAAUACAAGGCUCAAAAGAAGAAAAGUGAUGAUCAAGAGCAGUUGCCCGAACCUGUGGAGCGAAAACAGCAACUUUCUGCCGAAAAGGUUCUUAGUGUUCUGAAGAGAAUAAGUGAUGAUGACUGUGAAACAUUAGGCUUCAAUCCAAAAUAUGCCCGCCCAGACUGGAUGAUUCUUCAAGUUCUUCCAAUACCUCCUCCUCCAGUUAGACCUUCUGUGAUGAUGGACACUUCUUCAAGGAGUGAGGAUGACCUGACACAUCAACUUGCUAUGAUUAUCAGGCAUAAUGAAAAUCUGAAGAGGCAAGAGAGAAAUGGAGCUCCUGCUCACAUUAUCUCAGAGUUUGCUCAGUUGUUGCAAUUCCAUAUAGCCACAUACUUUGACAAUGAACUGCCUGGACAACCAAGAGCCACUCAAAGAUCUGGUAGACCCAUUAAAUCAAUAUGUAGCAGAUUAAAAGCAAAGGAAGGUCGUAUUAGAGGUAAUCUGAUGGGAAAACGUGUUGACUUCUCUGCUCGGACUGUCAUUACGCCUGAUCCAACCAUCAACAUUGAUCAACUGGGUGUACCUUGGAGCAUUGCACUGAACCUAACAUAUCCAGAAACGGUUACUCCAUACAACAUUGAAAGGCUGAAGGAACUCGUUGAGUAUGGCCCACAUCCGCCACCAGGGAAAACUGGUGCCAAGUAUAUCAUUAGGGAUGAUGGACAGAGGCUUGAUCUUCGAUAUCUGAAAAAAACCAGUGAUCAACAUCUGGAACUCGGAUAUAAGGUGGAGCGGCACUUAAACGACGGAGAUUUCGUGCUCUUCAAUAGGCAACCUAGUUUGCAUAAAAUGUCUAUAAUGGGUCAUAGGAUCAAGAUAAUGCCAUAUUCCACUUUCCGCUUAAACCUGUCUGUUACAUCACCAUACAAUGCUGAUUUUGAUGGAGAUGAAAUGAACAUGCACGUCCCACAGUCAUUUGAAACGAGAGCAGAAGUUCUAGAGCUUAUGAUGGUUCCCAAAUGUAUAGUGUCACCUCAGUCAAAUAGGCCAGUUAUGGGAAUCGUGCAGGAUACCCUUCUAGGAUGCCGUAAAAUAACCAAGAGAGAUACCUUCAUUGAGAAGGAUGUAUUCAUGAACAUUUUGAUGUGGUGGGAAGAUUUUGAUGGGAAGGUACCUGCUCCAGCCAUUUUGAAACCAAGGCCUCUUUGGACAGGAAAGCAAGUUUUUAAUCUUAUCAUACCAAGACAAAUUAAUCUCCAAAGAAAGGCAGCGUGGCAUCAAGAUGAUGAGAAAGGGCCCAUCACUCCUGGAGACACUCAAAUUCGUAUUGAGAAAGGGGAGUUGCUUACUGGCACCUUAUGCAAGAAGACCCUUGGAACUUCUACUGGAAGUCUUAUCCAUGUUAUUUGGGAAGAAGUAGGUCCUGAUGCGGCUCGAAAGUUUCUUGGACAUACACAGUGGCUUGUCAAUUACUGGCUUUUGCAGAAUGGUUUUAGUAUUGGAAUUGGGGAUACUAUUGCUGAUGCUGCAACUAUGGAAAAAAUUAAUGUAACUAUCUCGGAAGCGAAGAAUAAAGUGAAAGAACUCAUCAGGAGUGCUCAAGAGAAGAAACUGGAACCUGAACCUGGACGGACUAUGAUGGAGUCAUUUGAAAAUAAAGUUAACCAGGUGUUGAAUACGGCACGUGAUGAUGCUGGAAGCAGUGCCCAGAAGAGUUUAGCAGAAAGUAACAAUCUUAAGGCAAUGGUUACCGCUGGAUCGAAGGGAAGUUUUAUCAAUAUCUCUCAAAUGACUGCUUGUGUGGGGCAGCAGAAUGUUGAGGGUAAGCGAAUUCCCUUUGGAUUCAUUGACAGGACGCUGCCUCAUUUCACCAAGGAUGAUUUUGGACCAGAAAGUCGUGGUUUUGUGGAGAACUCAUACCUUCGUGGCUUGACCCCACAAGAGUUCUUCUUCCAUGCUAUGGGUGGUAGGGAAGGUCUUAUUGAUACUGCCGUCAAAACUUCUGAGACUGGUUAUAUCCAAAGGCGAUUAGUGAAGGCCAUGGAGGAUAUCAUGGUAAAGUAUGAUGGUACUGUGAGGAAUUCCCUUGGGGAUGUGAUUCAGUUUCUUUAUGGGGAAGAUGGCAUGGAUUCUGUAUGGAUUGAAUCACAGAGGCUGGAUGCAUUGAAACUCAAGAAGUCUGACUUUGAUAAGGUGUUCAAAUUAGAACUUGAUGAUAAGGAUUGGAAUCCGGAUUAUAUAUCAGCAGAAUAUGUCGAGGAUUUAAAGAACAUUGUGGAAAUUCGAAGUGUGUUUGAUGCUGAAGUUCAGAAACUCGAAGCCGACAGGCUCCAACUGGCUAGAGAGAUUGCUACUUCAGGUGAUGAUACGUGGCCUUUGCCUGUGAACAUUAAGAGGCUUAUAUCAAAUGCACAGAAGACCUUUAAAAUUGAUUUCCGAAGGGCUUCAGAUAUGCACCCAAUGGAGGUAGUUGAAGCUGUCGAUAAACUGCAAGAAAGGCUUAAGGUUGUGCAUGGUGAAGAUUAUCUUAGUCAGGAAGCUCAAAAGAAUGCUACUCUUUUCUUUAAUAUAUUACUUCGCAGUGCCUUGGCCAGUAAAAGGGUUUUGAGUGAGUAUAGACUUACUCGGGGUGCAUUUGAGUGGGUUAUUGGUGAAAUAGAGUCACGUUUUUUGCAGUCUCUUGUUGCUCCCGGUGAGAUGAUUGGUUGUGUUGCAGCUCAAUCCAUUGGUGAGCCUGCUACCCAGAUGACCCUUAAUACUUUCCAUUAUGCUGGUGUGAGUGCGAAAAAUGUCACCCUUGGCGUUCCCAGGUUGAGGGAAAUUAUCAAUGUUGCAAAGAAAAUAAAAACACCUUCUCUCUCUGUGUAUUUGAAGCCUAUUCCGGGACUUAUGGAUGACCCCAAAGCAGAUGAGACCAGAAAGAAGGAAAUUGACAACAGAAAGAAGGAGAAAGCAAAAAGUGUUCAAUGUGCUUUGGAAUACACUACUUUGCGGAGUGUCACACAAGCCACAGAAGUUUGGUAUGAUCCGGAUCCGAUGACUACCAUAAUUCCGGAAGAUUUUGACUUUGUAAAGUCUUAUUAUGAAAUGCCUGAUGAGGAGAUUGAUCCUGAUAAGAUCUCUCCCUGGUUGCUCCGCAUAGAGCUGAAUCGGGAAAUGAUGGUGGAUAAGAAGUUGAGCAUGGCUAACAUUGCAGAGAAGAUUAAUCUUGAGUUUGAUGAUGAUCUCACUUGUAUAUUCAAUGAUGAUAAUGCUGAUAAGCUGAUACUUCGCAUACGUAUCAUGAAUGAUGAAGCUCCUAAAGGUGAAUUGAAUGAUGAAUCUGCUGAGGACGAUGUCUUCCUGAAAAAGAUAGAGAGCAACAUGCUUACGGAAAUGGCUCUUCGAGGCAUUCCGGAUAUUAAUAAGGUUUUCAUCAAGCAGACUAAGACCAACAAGUUUGAUGAGAUAGAUGGAUUUAAGAUGGAAAGUGAGUGGAUGUUGGAUACUGAAGGUGUUAAUCUUUUGGCUGUGAUGUGUCAUGAAGAAGUUGAUGCAAAGAGGACCACCAGCAAUCACUUGAUCGAAGUUAUUGAAGUUCUUGGAAUUGAGGCCGUACGCAAGGCAUUGCUGGAUGAGCUGCGUGUUGUCAUAUCCUUUGAUGGAUCUUAUGUGAACUAUCGACAUCUUGCAAUAUUGUGUGAUACCAUGACAUAUCGUGGUCACUUGAUGGCAAUUACUCGCCAUGGAAUCAAUCGCAAUGACACCGGGCCUUUAAUGAGGUGCUCAUUCGAGGAAACUGUGGACAUACUUCUCGAUGCUGCUGUUUAUGCAGAGACAGAUUACCUCAGAGGUGUCACAGAAAACAUUAUGUUGGGUCAGCUUGCACCCAUUGGUACAGGAGACUGUGCCUUGCUCCUUAAUGAGGAGAUGUUGAAGCAAGCCAUUGAAAUCAAUCUUCCCAGUUAUAUGGAAGAUGGCAUCCCAGGCAUGACACCUGGCCGUUCCCCUAUCACUGGAACUCCUUAUCAUGAUAUGAUGUCUCCGAUUAUGAGCCCAAAUUAUGCCAGAUCACCAGCUACUGGUUUUGAGCAGUUCUCCCCUAUAACCAGUAGACUGCCCUUUUCCCCAUCUUCAAAUUUCAGUCCAUCCUCUCCUGGAUACAGUCCAUCGUCCCCGGGAUAUAGCCCUACUUCUCCAGGCUAUAGUCCCACCUCCCCUGGUUAUAGUCCUGCAUCCCCGGGCUACAGUCCGACCUCUCCAACUUAUAGUCCUAGCUCGCCAGGAUAUAGUCCGACUAGUCCUGCCUAUUCUCCUACCAGUCCAUCAUAUUCUCCGACUUCUCCCAGCUACAGCCCUUCAUCACCUAGUUACAGCCCUACAUCUCCUAGUUAUAGUCCUACAUCUCCCAGUUACAGUCCCACGUCUCCGAGCUACAGCCCAACAUCCCCUGCUUACAGCCCAACCUCACCUGCAUAUAGCCCGACGUCACCAUCUUAUAGCCCAACGUCACCUUCCUACAGUCCAACAUCACCUUCCUACAGCCCCACUUCACCCUCUUACAGUCCCACUUCACCCUCAUACAGUCCCACAUCUCCCUCGUAUAGUCCCACAUCGCCAGCUUAUAGCCCAACUUCUCCGGGGUAUAGCCCUACUUCUCCAAGUUAUAGCCCAACCUCGCCAAGCUACAGUCCUACAUCUCCUAGUUAUAAUCCCUCAGUUAAGUACAGCCCUUCGCUUGCGUAUUCUCCAACUAGUCCAAAGCUGUCGCCUUCAAGUCCAUACAGCCCUUCCUCUCCAAGUUACAGCCCAACAUCCCCGUCAUAUUCUCCAACGUCUCCAUCAUAUUCUCCAUCCAGUCCGACUUACAGUCCUAGCAGUCCAUACAACUCUGUCGGUGAGCCAGACUACAGUCCAAGCUCUCGCCAAUACAGUCCAACUGGUGGAUAUUCACCAAGUGCACCUGGGUAUUCUCCGUCGUCUACGAGUCAAUACACUUCCCGGACCAACGACAGAGAUGACAAAAGCUCCAAGGACAAGAGCCGCCUUUGA